CAAACACAUACCAAAAGCUGUAACUGCAGCUGGCUUGCCCUGUUUUAGGUUCUAGGAAACAAACAGCAAUGCCUCGCUCGCUGUGACGGGCAUCAGCAGCCGCUGGUCUAUCAAAUACUUACUUUCAUAGUGUGCUAGACUAGCUCAGAAAUCAGGUGGCAUGUUGGCUGGGUAGGGGUCUCGCGCGCACGGGCGAAUGGCGGAGAACUACGUCCGCGGCGCCCUGCUGGGACAGGGCACGUUCGCGGCCGUGUACAAGGGUUCGGACAAGCGGACAGGGAAGCCGGUUGCUUUGAAGGAGAUCUUCCCUGAUGACAAGGGAGGUGCGGAGGGGAAAAAGGGCCUGGACCCAACCGCGCUGCGGGAGAUCAAGCUGCUUCGCGAGUUGCAGCACGAACACAUCAUCCGGCUGAUGGACGCCUACCCGAAAAAGAAGUCGGUAGUGCUGGUUUUGGAGUACAUGCACAGCGACCUGGAGGCGGUGAUCAAGGACGGCAACCUGGUCCUGGCUGCGGCGGACGUCAAGAGCUACAUGCAGCAGCUGCUCACGGCGCUGGAAACGUGCCACAGCAGAUGGGUACUGCACCGUGACAUCAAGCCCAACAACUGCCUCAUAGCGCCGGACGGCAAGCUCAAGCUGGCGGACUUCGGCCUGUCACGUGUGUACGGCAGCCCUGAUGGCCGUCUCACACACAAGGUGUUUGCGCCCUGGUACCGGGCUCCGGAGCUGUUUUUUGGGGCCAAGCAAUACACGUCGGCUGUGGACGUGUGGGCGGCGGGCUGCAUCAUGGGCGAGCUGUUGCUACGCAGGCCGCUGUUUGACGGCAUGUCCGACAUCGAGGUGCUCGCCAAGGUGUUUGCAGUAUGCGGCACACCAGGCGUGGACGGCAACUGGCCGGCGGCGCGAGACCUGCCCUACUUCCUGCAGUUCACGGAGACCAAACCGCUGCCGCUGCGACAGGUCUUCCCAGCGGCCUCGGGCGAUGCGCUGGACCUGCUGGGGCGCAUGCUGUGUCUGGACCCACAGCGGCGCAUCACCGCCGCAGAGGCCCUGGCGCACCCCUACUUCGCAAACAACCCGCCGCCCACGCCCCCAGCGCUACUGCCGCGGCCGCUGAAGCGUGAGGACGCGCCUCUGGCCAGUGGCGUGGCACCCGGCGCGGCAAAAGGUCGCGAGCGCAUGUCUCCCAGCGCCUCGCCCCGACCCAGCAAGGCACCGCGGCGUACGGGGCCAAGCGGUACAGCGACACCUCGGUGACGGAGCUGGAGGAGUGAAGGAGCCUGCACCCGCAGGUGGGGGUGGAGCAAGCGCUAGGAGGAGGGGUCAUCCGUGUGCUGAAGAGACGCGAUAAACGCAGAGUGCAGCAAGAUGGAGCGGCUCCGUUAGGGGGCUGCAUACAGAAGGGAGGAGGUUGGCGAACGUCGUAGCUACUAGUAGGACGCAGUGAUGUGGCUGGGGCUGUGGCAUGCGUGGACUGGGCCGGGAAACAGGGCCUGGCCGCGGAGGAGCACUGCAGGGUGUUUGUUUGCGUACGGAUGCCAAUGAGAGGUGGUUGCAGAUGCAACCUCGACUCGGCAUGCAUGGAAUCAAUGAAGUGGCAGCGGCAAUGCUAUAGACAGGGGUGCAUCGAUGGCACUGUCAGCACAAGGAAAGGUUCCUUGGGUCAGCGCGGAAUUGGCUGGUUGAAGGGAAGCAUGAAUAGAGCCAGGGGAUAGGUGGGGAGCAUCUAGAGUUUUAGGCAGGACUCAAAACCUGGAGGUCUUGUGCUUGACAGGUGGUACACACUCGAAAUAGACGCAUAAGUUUCCCGAGGUGCAGCAGGCAGGCAGGCCCUUGGUUGCUGUCAUAUGUGCUCAGGGGAACCGUCACAACGUCAUGUUCGCUUGUGCGUGUUGCGUUCUUUCAAGCAUAUCAAUAACCGUGUAGUUGAGGCUUGACCCUUACUAUCAUCUGUGUCAUGAACUCAUGGGCCGCCAUGGGCGCAUGGGCGGCCAGUUGAUCGCUCCGCUGAAGGAUGCGACAUGCGAUACGGUGCGCAACUUCUGCCAACCAUUGCGCUGGUCGUGCACCAGAAACCGGGUGUAUCGCUGCCGGCGUCGCGGCGCGUCUGCGCAGCAUGUGUUGUGCGGGGCUGGGACGGGCCCCCAUUUCAUGCUGCUGGAGUACCAUGUGUUAACUGGUACUGAGCUGCAGAUGAGCCGUCGAUGGCGGCCUUACGCAAUAAUCAUUUAGCGUUUGUUGUGAUGCUGGGGUCGAGCCCCCAAACGCCCGCUGCUAUGGUCGCUGUCCUGGCGGGCUCCUUGGCGCGACUGUGGUCUUUAAGAUGGGCCGAUGGGAGAUCGUUCACAGGCACCCCGAGAAGGAUGGCGGCUAAUGCGUGCUGGGCUUUCCCCAGCAUGCCGCAAUGCAGCGCCAUGCGGGCGAGGGGCGUGUCGGUGGCUGGCUCCGUGGAGCGCAUGUGGGGUAGAUAUGGCUGAGGGGAUCGGCGACAUGACUGGUCCAACUGCAGGCGCUGCACGAGAGUAUCAGAAUAUGGGCAAUUGGGCAUGGCUGGUUCCCCCUGUUUGCGUGUGGUUGUGCUGCUUUUGCACCUGCCUCCUUGCCUGCCUCUCGGGAUGUGGCCGCCGCUUCAGGGCGUGGUAUCUGACGUGGUAUGCAUUGCGGCUCUUUCCGCGUGGGAUGUCAGCGUAUCGUCAUGAAUUGACGGGCGGGAGGUACAUAGGCGUCCGCGAAGGUUACAGAAGUUAGCGCGUAUGUGCUUGAAGGCUAUUGAUCGUGCUUGCAAUCGCAUGCCUCGGCAUGUAUCCGCGGGGUUGGGAUCCGGUUCCCCUUGACGCAACCCUGCCUAGACGCUCCUGGACACUUAUGGCCUUAUGGGUGCUGUGCUGCAAGUUGAUUGUUUGGGGUCUGGGAAUACGCUGCACACUAUGAAUGCGACAUUACAAGAAGGGGCAGUCCACACUGUGGGACUACGCCAACCUGCCCCUUGCCAUGGCCCAUGGGUGCCGCGCUGUGCUGAUGAGCUGAAUCCCGGAGGGUGCCUGAUGUCGUACACUC